AUGUUCGCAUUUUAUUCGGAUUUAAUUGAUAAAAGUUAUUGUCCAUUUCCUAAACUCGGCACAUCUUAGAGCUAUGUAAAUGACGUCAAUACGAAGAAAGAAAACAUAAAGCAAUACAAAAUUCCAUCUAAGAAAUACAAUGUCAUAACAGAUGAAUAAAGAAACUCAUUAAUCAAGAUGAUAACUGAGGAUGGAAUAUCUAUCAAAAAUGCUUCUGAAAAGUGUUCUAUAAAACUGUCAACGGCCAAAGCAAUACUGAAAGUAUUUAAAACUUCAGGGAGAGUAGGGAAAAAGUAAUGCAGAUAAAGAAAGGCAGGAACAAAAAGGAAAAUUGGGAAUGGGAGGGUAGAUUUAAUGAUGGAAAUAAGAAAGAGGUUACCUAAGAUUGGAUUUAAAUAAAUUAGCUAAUACUUGUGUUUUGCUACGUAAUAAUAGUUUGGUAAGCCUGUUAAAGAAGAAUAGGAGUGA